AUGCAAUCCGUUGGCAGAGGAUGUGAUUCUUCAUUGCCCUUGAAGUCACUUCCAACCUGUUUUGACCAUAUGACUGACAGACAAAAACCCAAACAGGUUGAGUGUUGCAGAAAAUAUGAAAUGAGCCUGAAGCCGCCAAGGACUGGAGAAGGAGGGAGUCCCCAGUCCCGGCAGGGCAUCCUGCGAACAGGUUCGGUGUUCAGCAGGGUCGGUGCUGAAGCAGGGACGGGCAAGGGGGAGCUGGGCUCCAGGAAGGUGGACCCGGAAGAGCCGCCAGUGGGCGGCAGGGACCCGGCCCGGCCCCCGCGCGCCCGGGCUCCCCCGGCGGGUGCUCGGAGCCCCGGAGAGGAGGAGCAGGGAGGGGCGCGGUGCUCUCCCCGGCGGCGAGCUGUCACGGAAUUUGACACCCGGAAAGGCAGCUGGUCCCAGGCCAGGACUCCUGAUCCUUCUCAAAUGGAAACACUUUCUCCCAGUGAACCUGGCGGAAUUCUCAGUGGCAUCUCACCUCGGCCUUGCCUCCUGGCGCAUUUAACAGAGGCCGCAUUUAUCACUUUGAGACAAGGAAGGUUCCAAAUGGAGCGGGGCUCUCGGGUGCAGAACAAGGGGACAACUCAGGAACAGAAGAUUUAAAUAAUUUGUUCACGAUCACACAGCUAUUAAGUGGGGGAGCUGCCAUUGAAACUCAGAACAUCUGACUCUGGACCACAACUCUUAAUCUAUUACAUAGCUCUGUCAUCACAUGUUCAUCCAUCUGUUCUGAGAUGGAGGAGUGAACAAGGCAACCAGGAUCCUUGGAGCUUGUAUUUUA